ACCCAGAAUCAUUGGUGUAUUUUAUAACUGAUAAAGAUAGCUGUUUACAUUUACUUCCAGACAAAUUAAUUUGUUUAAUAAAAUACAUACAUGUUUAUGUGAGAUCGGUAUACGGUCCGUUUGUUAAUGGAAUAAAAGAUACAAGCUAUAAAAGAAACUGAAGAUGAUAACAUACUUACCAAAUCAAUAUCCGAUGUGGCAGUGGAGUAUUUAUUUGUUGUCUAUUAUUAUUUUGCUUAGCGCCCCUGUCUCAGAUGGAUCAUUCAUAGCGUCUGAUAAUGAUGCGCCCACUACUGCACCGAAAUUCUUAUCAAGGGGCCACCUUUACAAAGUAAUAGUCGGAGAGACUAUAGAAUUGCCAUGCAAGGUGCAAAAUUUGGGAUCAUUUGUCCUGUUGUGGAGAAAGGGCUCUUCAGUUCUUACUGCCGGUCAUUUAAAAAUAUCUCGUGACCAAAGGUUCAAAAUCGUUGGAGACUACAAUCUUCAGAUUAAUGGGGUUAAGACUCAAGAUGCCGGCGAUUAUAUAUGCCAACUUGGGGACCAAGAAAAUCGAGAUCAAGUCCACACUGUUGAGAUAUUAGUGCCACCAACAUUAAGAGCACUUCCGCACAAUGGGCAAGUGACUGCCCGUAAAGGAAGCACAGUUACUUUAGAGUGUAAGGCGUCGGGUAAUCCAGUUCCCACAAUAUACUGGUUCAAAAAAGAUGUUUACUCCGGACCGACACACUUAUCUGAUAGCUCAACAUUGAUAUUAGAAAAUGUGGACAGACACCAUGCAGGAACUUAUCAGUGCUCAGCUGACAAUGGCGUUAAAGAACGCGUUUCAAUGGACAUUCAGCUGACAAUUUUGUCUCCUCCCGAAAUAACUGUUGAGAAGGCUUGGGUUCAUGCCUCUGAAGGAUAUGAUAUUGAACUCGUUUGUGUUGUUCAUGGUGAUGUUAAUUCUGAGAUGUUAUGGUAUCAAAACUCAUUCCUAUUGGAUCCAACGGAUCGACGUUCAAUGUACCCUCACGACGAUAGAUACAGCCUUAUUAUUAGAAAUUUCCAGCCAACCGAUUUUGGAAAUUAUAGUUGCGUGGCUGAUAAUGCACUGGGAAGAACAAAGAAAUACAUUGAGGUUUCCGGACGACCAGGGCCAGCAGAUUUUAUAUCACCAGCCCUGAGCGGAUUUCUAGAUCACUACAAUUUAACUUGGACAAUAGAGUCCAUACCGCCCUUAGACGAAAUUAAGCUUUUAUAUCGAAGACUUCUGAUGAACGAAACGUACCAACAUCCCGGAAAAUGGCACGAGUAUCAUAUUAAGCCCAUCCCAAUUCGGACUGAUGGGACACAUUAUUUGAUGUCAUAUGUAGUAAGGAACUUAGAGCACAAUGCAGUAUAUGAAGCAAUCGUUCAAGCUAAGAAUAAAUAUGGAUGGAACGAGAUUAGCGACAUUCACCAGUUUUAUACCCGAAAUCACGAUCUUCUUUUGGACAUUGAUAGGGAAUAUAAAGUGGGAAUGUCAGGCAGUAAUCGAAUAUCAAAGACUUUAGCUGCAAUAAUUUUACCGUAUUUGAUGGUAACUAGAUUUUUGUUGAUAUUCAAUAUUUAAAUGUAUUUAUUUUUGGCAAAUAUAAGUUUAAAGGUGCCUUACUACGUAUUUAGAAUGUGUAAAUAUUUAAAAAAAAAAAAAAAUAAUAAUAUGAGUAGUUAUUACAAAUUUUGUUUAUAAACCAAUCUGUAUAAAUAUAUUAAUUAAUAGAGUAAUACGAUUUUAAUUAAGUUUCUUUAACAAAUUAUUGAAAGGUCACAAUUAAAUAUAGGUAUAAAAUAUAUUAUGUAAGCAUCAUUUUGAGUUUUAAACUUUUUAACUACUUUACGAAAUCAUCGUCGCAUUUCAUGGUAUAGGAAAAAAUUAAACAGUCAUUUCAAUAACUAGAACAACAUUAUUAUUCUAAGGAUAUACCAUUUGUAUAACAAAAUAAUAUAAAUUCAAAAAUGUAUAAAUUAUUUUAUACUUAGAAUUACAUUUAAUUAAAAUGGAUAACAUAUUUUAUAACCUUAGGCCAAAAACAAUAUAUUAAACAUAUAGAUACAUAUACACAAGCAAUUAAUAUUGAAAAAAAUACUAAACUUGUUUUAAGAAACAAGACAAUACCCAUUAUCUAAGUGUUCUAUCCAACAUUCAUCUGUAGGAUUCCAAAAAUAUCGAGCAUGCAUAAAUAAAUCUUGGUAAAGAAAUGCAUUGUUUUUAUAAGAUAACUCUCAUUCUGCUGGUGUAUUGCCGCAUAAAACCCAGCGUAACAGAAUUGUUAAAACAGCGCUCACAUAAGUGGGUUCUCCCAUAAGAAAUAUGAAAGCCGUUGAAACGAAAAGAUUACAAUGGCAUUCUAUCGCCAGAUUCUAUGAAAAUAUAAGUCGAGGGUAGACGUUUCCAUAAAUCAGAAGUUUUGUAGAUAUUUUUAGAUUAUUAUUAAAUAAAUAGUCACCUACUCACUUUAAUAUUUUGUUUUCAAAAGAACAGAGUUUUAUGAACUUAUUAUUAACGAGAUAUAUUUCUAUUUCCUUAUUAUUUUAUAAUUUCUUAAUGAAUAUUAAAGAAGUUAUACAAUUUAAAACGAAUACCUCUCGCUUAUGUCAAAAACACAAAAAUUUACACAUAGUAUAAGUUGAUGUUGUGCAUAAUAAUGUAACCUUGUAAUAAAUAACUAAGUCCAUCAGAUUAAAGAAUGGUAAAUAGGAAAUAAUGAACACAUAAGAAAUUAUAAUCAAACGCAUUUAAUAAUAAUAUCCUUAUAGUGAGAAAAUUAAAAGUAGUUCAUAGCAAUGAAAAACGUAAGAUAUUUGUGUCGAAGUCAUAUUAAUAUAAUUGAUCUAAUGGAUCUGCCUGCUAUUCCAUAAUAAGUGCUAAGAAACCCACUGUAAAUACGUAUUAAGAAACAUUUAAACAUCGGUUAUAACAAACUAAACUGUUUCAACUGAAACACUUAGAAAGCAAAACGAUGUGGUAUAGAUCACGAAUGAUGCAGAACACCACGAAUUAAAAAUUAAUAAAGUGUAGUUCAUCUCAAGCAAUUAUCUUCACACAUAACUACACAUUUUAGGCAACAAAAAAUAUAAUUUGCUGGAGUAAAGUAGCAAACAAAUAAGUAAUUAUAAAGGAACUAAUGGAACGAGUUGAAAAUUCAGACUUACUUACAAACAAAAUCAAUAAGAAAUGUAAAAAAAGAUUGUUAAACCAAGAAAGAAAACCAUUAAAACUGCAGCUUAUGUUGCACAGCUUGCCAUCCAACCGCUCGAUAUCCAUCAAAAUUGCUCUUGCAUCCAAUCAUCGCAAUCAAUGCAAAAGUGACUUUGAAAUUCUAGUAGGAAAAAUUUUCCAAAGAUCAGGAUUAAGGAAAACUCAAAGAGACCCAAUGAACUAACUAAAUUUGGUAGUUGUAAGGACGUAAAACCUUAUAUAUCCUUCGACCUGACUUUAAUUGACACAAUGUUAUUAUUUUUAAACGAUUUAAGUUCAAGGUGUAAGACGUUGAUUAUUCAUAAUCAAUUUUUUGAGUUUAUAAUAUAGUUACAAAUUCGACCGCUUAUAUGGAGAAAUAUCUGAACCUAAAUAAUUAUAUAAUUAAUUAUCGUAAUAUCUAAUGUAAAUAU